CCAAUGUUAACUAUAGAGCCGUCCAGCGCAUGCAGGAAGUGACGAAAACAGCACGGUUGGACAUGGAAUGAGGGACUUGCGAGCUAGCCGUCAAGCUAAUUAUCUGAUCAACUAAUUCUGGAUAAAUGUAAAAUUUAGUGUCUAUAUUUAGCCUCAAAGCUCGUUUCCUUCUUAUAUACCGCUAAGAAUAUCUACAUGGAAGUCGGAAAGAUCAUAUCCAUCUGGGGAUCUAUGGGCUGAGCAUUACCAUAUAUAGCAUUCUAGGCCUUGUGGGAAAAGGCAUUUGAAGUUGCAGAUCCAAAAUGUAAACAAGAGAUUCUUAACAGCCAGAAGAACAGUGGAGGAGGAAGCAGGACAACUGUCACCAUGUCGUCCCCAGAGCAAAUCAUCGCCAUUAUUAUGGACGACAAGACGUAUAACGUCAGUAAAACUAAGCUUAUUGAAAAAAGUGAUUACUUUCGUGCACUGUACAGUUCGGGGAUGCGCGAGUCAGGUGAGGAUUCCGUUGAGCUACAGGGACUGAGUGUCCCAGGUCUGGAACUGGUCCUGGAAUUUAUCAACACUUCCAAAGUCAAAGUGGUUAACGAGACACUCGAAGACUUAAUUGAAACAGCUUCUUUUUUGCAAGUGAGCUCAAUCUUGAAACUGCUGCUGUCGGAAAUCCGACAGGAUAACUGCGUGGAGUUGUACAAUCUCUCCGAAGUUUACGGGACAUAUGAUUUGCGAAAUGCAUGCCUUAAAUAUAUGAGUUGGUACUACCAUCCGAUGCUCCGGCGACCCGAGUUUAAAGAUUUGCCAACUCCACUGCGAGACCAAGUCAAGGAAAUGCGCAUGAAGGGUACGGCUACUCUGGUCGCCAUCGGAGAUUUUAUUGGUACUUGUAUGGCUAUGACAGACCAGGACGAGCCUUGGUCCAUGUUACGUUAUGGAGAGGUAGAACAGCGCUGGAAGCCGCUCUCCAACAACUUGCCACAUGAUAUGGUAAACGUCAGAGGAUACGGCUCUGCUGUUUUGGACAACUAUUUAUUCAUCGUCGGUGGAUACAGGGUGACAAGUCAGGAGAUCUCCGCAGCGCACUGCUACAACCCCUGCAGGAACGAGUGGACUCACGUGACACCCCUGAACCAGAAAAGAUCAAACUUCAAGCUCCUAUCCGUCAGAGGCAAACUGUAUGCAGUUGGGGGCCAGUGUUUGGGCACUGUGGAGUGUUACAGCCCAGACCAGGAUUGGUGGACGUGUGUGUCCUCGCUGCCCGAGCCCUUGGCCGAGUUCUCAGCCUGUGAAUGCCAGGGAAUGAUCUAUGUCAUGGGCGGCUACACUGCCAGAGACCGGAACACAAGCGUGCUGCGCUACUGUCCGACCUCUGACACCUGGAGUGUGAUGGACACCUGUUCGGUGCACGUGCGUAAGCAGCAGAUGCUGUCGGUGGAGGACACCAUCUACCUGGUGGGGGGCUACACCCACGAGCUGGAGACCUGGCGGAGGAGGCCCAACCAGACAGAGGACGUGCUCACGGUGCAGUCGUACAACGUGACCACGGGCGAGUGGCUGCAGCUGAAGGAGAACACGUCCAAGUCGGGCCUGAACCUGACGUGCACGCUGCACAACGACGGCAUCUACAUCAUGAGCCGCGACGUGAGCCUACCUACCAGCUUGGAGCACCGUGUCUUCCUCAAGUACAACGUCUUCUCCGACGCCUGGGAGGCCUUCCGGCGCUUUCCGGCCCUCGGCCAGAACAUGCUGAUCUGCUCCCUCUACCUACCCAGCGUGCUGUGAGACUCAGCACCUUCUUCAACCCGGGAGACAGGUUUUGCACAGACCCUAGGGGGUCGAGAGGUCAAGAGGUCAGAGGUCAGGGUGCUGCGGCUUGUUGUGGGGGUUCGUGCGGCCCUGUUUGCUCGUGCAGGGACCAGAUGGCGUGUCCACAUUUGGAAUGGCCUAUAGGCGCUGUGUCAGGAAGCAGCUUGUAGUCAUGACUGACCAACAACACACACAUGCACGCACACACAUGCACGCACACACGAACAUACACACACACACACACACACACACACACACACACACACACACACACACACACA